CCGCGGCCAGCGCUGGACUGGGGGUCCGCUUCGUUCCAGGGCUUUUUGCAGACGCCUGGACCGGGCCCACAUGCACCUGGGCUGCUCCCGCCCGGGGCGCCACCACUCGCGCGGCCAAGAGAACUUUCCCCGGAGCCUCCGCGGCCUGGCGCGCCCAGGGCACACCCCCCGCUCGCCCGUCCGCCGCGUUCCCAGCUGGGGCGUCGCUCCUCCGCCCGCAGGUCCCCGCCUCCCCGCUUUGCUGAAUGUCCUGAAGAAGCCGUGUUCCGCCACCGCGGCAGGCAUUCCCGGAGGGAGAGCUUGAACUUGGCUACACACGGCCACCCGUAAUGAGCUCGGGGGUCCCCGGACGGGAGCCACACCCCGCGACGAGCUGACCUCCCCUCGCUGGUCUGGGUAAGGAGCCUGCUGCCCUUUCCGCCUCUCUUCCGGCUCCUCGGCGCCUGCGGCUGGGGGACGGGGUAGCGGACGGAGCGACGACCUUCGCCUCUGCCCCUGCGCCCAUGGUCGGGGCGUCGUGGGUGCUCCUCACACAAAAGAAAAGCCGAGCGCUCCAUACUCGGCGGACCUGACCCGGGGCUGCGGGGCGGGGUCGCGGCUGGAAGUGCGCGCCCGCGGGGGACUCCGCAGGCCGAUCGGAGGCCGGGACGUCGGGGCCGCGCUCAAAUCCGUGCGGCAGGAGGGAGCUGCAGCGCUUCCAGGGUUUUCCAAGGCCGAGGAGAGCCUCGAAUUCCCAUCACUCCCUUUUCUGGUCUCUUGCCCCCAUUGCCAGGAGACUUUUGUCGUCCCCAGGACUGCGGGAGGGGCCCCGCGCCCCCGCCUUCGGAGGAGCUCGAGCCGCAGGAUGCGCGGGGACGCGCCACCGCCCUCCGCGCCCAGUUCCGCCGGCGCUUCCCCGGCGGCUCCCGGGCGCUGACUCUCCCGGGCUUUUCCGCCUUUCUCGCUCCCGCCCCGCCGGGCGGUUCGGCGGCCGGUCCCCGGACCCCGCCGGGAGCUGCUCCUCUCACCCUCGCCACGGCGCGGACAAUAAAUUAAUGCAUCGCGCUUGAGUGGAGGGGGCGGCUGGGCGCCUCGGUGGUAGCUUUCUCUCCUGGCUGGAGACGACCACAACCGACAUGGGCUGUUUCUGCGCUGUUCCGGAAGAAUUUUACUGCGAAGUUUUGCUCCUGGAUGAAUCCAAGUUAACCCUUACCACCCAGCAGCAGGGUAUCAAGAAGUCAACGAAAGGUUCCGUUGUCCUUGACCACGUAUUCCAUCAUGUAAACCUUGUGGAGAUAGAUUAUUUUGGGCUACGUUACUGUGACAGAAGCCAUCAGACGUAUUGGCUGGAUCCUGCAAAAACCCUUGCUGAACACAAAGAACUGAUCAACACUGGACCUCCAUAUACUUUGUAUUUUGGUAUUAAAUUCUAUGCUGAAGAUCCAUGUAAACUUAAAGAAGAAAUAACCAGAUAUCAGUUUUUCUUGCAGGUGAAGCAAGAUGUCCUUCAGGGCCGUCUGCCCUGUCCCGUCAACAUUGCUGCUCAGCUGGGAGCGUAUGCCAUCCAGUCGGAGCUUGGAGAUUAUGACCCAUAUAAACAUACUGCAGGAUAUGUAUCUGAGUACCGGUUUGUUCCUGAUCAGAAGGAAGAACUUGAAGAAGCCAUAGAAAGGAUUCAUAAAACUCUAAUGGGUCAGGUUCCUUCUGAGGCUGAGCUGAAUUACUUGAGGACUGCCAAAUCCCUGGAGAUGUAUGGCGUUGACCUCCAUCCCGUCUAUGGAGAAAACAAGUCUGAGUAUUUCUUAGGAUUAACUCCGGUUGGUGUUGUUGUCUACAAGAAUAAAAAGCAAGUGGGGAAGUAUUUCUGGCCUCGGAUUACAAAGGUUCACUUCAAGGAGACUCAAUUUGAACUCAGAGUACUGGGAAAAGAUUGUAACGAAACCUCAUUCUUUUUUGAAGCUCGGAGUAAAACUGCUUGCAAGCACCUCUGGAAGUGCAGUGUGGAACAUCAUACAUUUUUUAGAAUGCCAGAAAAUGAAUCUAAUUCCCUGUCAAGAAAACUCAGCAAGUUUGGAUCCAUACGUUAUAAGCACCGCUACAGUGGCAGGACAGCUUUGCAAAUGAGCCGAGAUCUUUCUAUUCAGCUUCCCCGGCCUGAUCAGAAUGUGACAAGAAGUCGAAGCAAGACUUACCCUAAGCGAAUAGCACAAACACAGCCAGCUGAAUCAAACAGCAUCAGUAGGAUAACUGCAAUCAUGGAAAAUGGAGAAAAUGAAGGAACAACUAAAAUUAUUGCACCUUCACCAGUAAAAAGCUUUAAGAAAGCAAAGAAUGAAAAUAGCCCUGAUACCCAAAGAAGCAAAUCUCAUGCACCGUGGGAAGAAAAUGGCCCCCAGAGUGGACUCUACAAUUCUCCCAGUGACCGCACUAAGUCGCCAAAGUUCCCUUACACGCGUCGCCGAAACCCCUCCUGUGGAAGUGACAAUGAUUCUGUACAGCCUGUGAGGAGGAGGAAAGCCCAUAACAGUGGUGAAGAUUCAGAUCUUAAGCAAAGGAGGAGGUCACGUUCACGCUGUAACACCAGCAGUGGUAGUGAAUCAGAAAAUUCUAAUAGAGAACACCGGAAAAAGAGAAACAGAAUACGGCAGGAGAAUGAUAUGGUUGAUUCAGCGCCUCAGUGGGAAGCUGUAUUAAGGAGACAAAAGGAAAAAAACCAAGCCGACCCCAACAACAGGCGAUCCAGACACAGAUCUCGUUCGAGAAGCCCCGAUAUCCAAGCAAAAGAAGAGUUAUGGAAGCAUAUUCAAAAAGAACUUGUGGAUCCAUCCGGAUUGUCCGAAGAACAAUUAAAAGAGAUUCCGUACACUAAAAUAGAGACACAAGGUGACCCAAUCCGCAUCAGGCAUUCUCAUUCGCCACGAAGUUACCGCCAGUAUCGCAGGUCCCAGUGUUCAGAUGGGGAGCGAUCAGUUCUCUCGGAAGUGAAUUCAAAAACAGAUCUUGUACCACCACUUCCGGUGACCCGUUCUUCGGAUGCUCAGGGCUCUGGGGACGCUACAGUUCAUCAGAGAAGAAAUGGGUCUAAAGAUAGCCUGAUGGAAGAAAAACCUCAGACAUCUACAAACAACCUGGCUGGAAAACACACAGCAAAAACAAUAAAAACUGUACAAGCUUCCCGCCUCAAGACAGAAACUUGAUCCUGAUGAAGGGUCAAGGGUAGGGGUGGGAAGGUUGUGUGCGCCACUGGUACUUUUGAAACUGUGAAAUAGGUAUCUUAAUUCAAAUCUCAGACCUGCAAGUAUUUCUUCAGCAUGAGAAAAUACAUUAUCUUUUGCUUUUUUUUUUUUUUUUUUGAGAUGUUAUCACUCUGUCGCCCACGCUGGAGUGCAGCGGCACCAUGUCAGCUCACCACAACCUCCACUUACUGGGUUAAGCGAUUCUCCUGUCUCCUGUCUCAGGCUACCGAGCAGCUGGGAUUACAGGCGUGCACCACAACACCUGGCUAAUUCUUUUUGUAUUUUUAGUAGAGACAGGGCUUUGCCAUGUUGGAGGCUGGUCUCGAACUCCUGACCUCAAGUGAUCUGCCUGCCUCAGCCUCCCAAAGUGCUGGGAUUAUAGGCAUGGUUUAACUACAGCACAGUUGUGCUGAAGGACCUUUUUGUUUUAACUGGAAGAAUAAGUAUUUUGUAAAAAUUCACUUGAUACCACAUUUUCAUUUCUGGAACAGGAUAGCAAUCAUUCAUUUCUAUCUUGUGUCUGUGUCCACCACAACCAAGACCAGAUGCAUCUGAUGAACAUUCUGGAAUUCUGAACUGCAGCUAGCCUGCUGUGCAAUAGUACAAGUGGGAGGACGUCUUCCCAGGGCUGGGCUGGUUCUCAACUAGUGCCCAGAUGCGAAAGGACUGAGGCAUCACUUUCAGACUGCAUAUAUUUUUAUUCAUAUAAAAUUCUUUAUAAUACUGUAUUUUGUGGUGUUAAGUUCCACCAGUUAUUUACAAAUGAUGUAAAAAGCUUUAAGUGUUGUUAAUUUCUAAAGUGUUCUUGUGUUUUCAGAAGUCUAAGUGGAUCUCAGUUGAUCUGUCACCCCAGACCUCAAAUGAUCCAUCCACCCUGCUUGGCCAUCUAAUUCACCUGCUCUCCCCAGUGACUAUUUUGGACCUUUCCUCUCCAUAGAUGACUUUGCAAUCUACAGGGAAAAUACUUAUGCAGGACAUCUUAUAUCUACCCCUUACCACGUACAGUUCUCUCCACAGCUGCCAGCAGCCCUAACCUUUUUGUCUCUCCACCUGUGCUUUGGAUGCUCUUCUCCCAGCCUUUUCAGGAUCUUUGUCUGUCCUUCUCCUAUAUUAAUGUAUUCAAUUAUUCUCUCAGCUAGAUCCUUGCUACUUGGUUUUAAAUUUAAGACCAAGAUUAAAGAAAACUAUCUUUCACAACCACAAACCCCCUCCCCCCAAGCAACUAAGAGUUUCCUCUCAUUCUCAGCCAAUUUUCUUGCAAGCAGUAUCUUUAGUCAUUGCCCUCAAUUCAUCUAAUCCCUAUCUUAAGCUAUCUCUAACAUGGAUCUUUCCCUCUACUCCACUAAUAUCCAUCACUGUGUUACUUAAUCCCAGGGAGAAUUUUUUGGACAUUCUUUUGCUUCUUUAAUAUAAUCCUAUUUUGCUCCUACCACUGACCAUCCUUUCUGGCUUAUCAUGCUUUACCUUGCCAUUAAUUAGUGGAGUUUCUCAAACUUCAGACCCUAGGCCCUCUUCCUCUACCACCAGCAGAUCUCAUUUAUACCCAUGGCCUUAAGGUUUAUUUCUGUAGUUUAGACUACUGAGUAAUGUGCUACUGCAAAAAGACCACUUGGAUUUCUCAAAGUAAUUUAAAAAUUCAACUGUUUAAAUGCUGCUCCCCAGCUGAAUCUAGGGUCAUUAUGCUCAUCAGUGUGCAAGCUGGACACCUAGCAGUUAUGGACACCUCCACUAUUACCACGUCUAGUUGGCUCUGUCAUCCAACUAUAAACGAUCUUAUUUCACUAAUUUUACUAGUCCAAGCUGGUCUCUUGUCUAGACAACAAUAAGCAACCUAGUUCAACUACCUUUUCUUGCAAAUCUGAUUUUCCACCAUGGAUUUAUCUUGCUUUAAUAAAGCCAGAGGGAGCCUGAAGUGGUCUGGCUUCUUUACCUACCUCUUCAGCCUCAUUUUGUAACACUCCCACCUCCCAUAAUGGCCAUCUUACAAGUCUCAGUAAGGACUCAGUUCUAAAACAGGGCACUGAAGAGGGAAAGCAGCCAAAACUGUCUCAAAAGUAAGUGGACUAACGGUAUCUUUUUUCUAGCCCAAGCCUCUGUAUAUGUCAUUCCCUCAGUUUUGCCUUGUGAAAAAUAUGACACAUACCUUUAGUCUCAACUCUUUCUCAGGUUUCCCUAAGAAAAUCCUAUCAUGGAACUCACAGUGAAGUUUUACAUUUGUGAUGACAUUCCCUCCACUCAUCUAUGUUUCCAAAGGGAAGAACUGUGUUGUGCUCAUCAUCGUGUUCUCAGCUCCUAGUACAGUGCUUUCAAUAAAUUUUUUGAAUACCUCUA